GGCACGGAAAACGAUCGACGACAAUCGACGACGACGACGACGACAACGCAUGGACGCGGCGGAUUUCCGUGCGCGAUUUUCAUACAAUUUUCAACUCAAUCGAGUUCUAAAUACUCUACAACAGCCAAUAAAAAACGAACCCUAACACAAACAACACAGCGCCGGCCAGUUUCCAAACGGGCUGCCCAAACAGUUGACGACCAACAGCGGCAGCAGCAGCUGACGGCGGCGGCAGGCAACAAUUGCCUGAUUAAAUUGACAACAACAACAAAAAAAAAAAAACUCAAGUAAAACCCAGUCGGCCCUCAAAUGGAGUCCAAUAACAACAACAACAACAACAACAGCGGCAAACGCAGCAAAAAAGGACGUAAAGCUCGCAGCCCAACAAGCACACAGCAUCAUCCGUGGGAUGAAGGAGGCACAGCAGUAUCAGCAACAGCAGCAUCAGCAGCAACAACAGCAGCAGCAGCAGCAACAACAACAAAGAAGCGCGUUGCGUGCACCGGCACAGCACUGACCAGAUUUCUGGUUUGCAUGGCACCUGUGAUUGUGUCGCUACCUGGCGCUGGAACUGGCCCCACUGAGCAGCCGACUAUUUUACUGAUCAACGGCGUCAGCGAGGACGCCCAGUUGCAGGAGAAACAAAAACAGACCAAAGCAGAUCUAAAGCUAUCGCUUGAGAAUAACAACGAACCGGCCAGCGGCCUGACGCAUCCCACACAGGCACAGGCACCGACUACGCCGGGCGGAUCGCAUUUGCUGGAUUUGGAAUCUCACCUCAUCGAGGACGUCAACGCGGUGCUGAGCGGCGUGGGCAUUAAUGAGCUGCCGCCCAUUGAGCAGGAGCUGCAGAAGGGCACAUCCAAAAUAGAAGCUGACGAGGCCUCGCACGUAAUCGAGGUGGAGCCAGCGGGCGCCAAGACUAAGCAGCCAAUAGAAACUCUCGCACCGUCGCAUCAAAUAGCCGAGGUAGACGAGACGGCAACGGCAGGCACAGUCGAAGCAGCUCCAGCAGCCGCAGCAGCAGCCGCAUCAGCAUCGGAGGCAGUACGUCAUACUGCCGAGCAGCUGAUAAAUGAAAUAGAACGCGAGCUAAUCGAAAGCUUUAGCAAAAAUGUAGCACAGGUCGAGGCGGAGCAGAAAAAACAGCUCGAAGCAGAUCUUACAGCAGUCAACUCGCUCUCACAGCAGGUGGAUGCCCAACUCAAUGAGCUGACCAGCAUACUCAAGAGCAAGCCACAGCCGAAAAUUGUAUUGGAGCAGGCUGGCGCGGAGGCAAAGCCAACAACGAAACUCGCCAGCAACGAGCUAAAGCUCGUCGAAGUGCCCACACCCAAGUCCGAGGCGGAGGAGCUGCAACGCAAGGAGUUCAUCGAUUCACUGCCACAAAUCGGACAGGAUCGCCUGGGUACACACACGGAUGCGGAGGCCAAGCGUCUGUCAGCGGCCUGCAAGCGAGAGUAUUACCAGUCGCUGAAGAAAUAUCUGCUGCAGAACAGCCAGGACAAGCCGCCUGUGCCGCUGCAAACCUAUCGCUGGGAGGAUCUUAGAAGAGCCAGAGAGCGCGGCGGCUAUCCUUGGACGCAUCUGUACAAACGCCCAUUGGGACCCGACGAAGAGCCGGAAAUUGUAUUGUUAUUGCGCAAAUCACAGGAACUGCGCUUUAAGUCCGAGUCGCCCAAGUCCCUGAAGAAGGUGCGCUACGACGAGCAAGUGCUGGUGAAAGAAACUGAGCGCUAUAUACAGGAUCUGUCAGAGGACGAGGCGAUAAGCCACACUGAAGAGAGCAGCGAGGAGUCCGAAGAGUCGGACAACGAAUCGGAGCACGAGCCGCACAACGAGGACACGCUUAGCGAGUGUAUCUCCUGUGUCUCUGACUCUGUGCUCGCAGUUGGAGGUCACGCGAGGCCAAGGAAAACCAAUCGUCUGUCGCAGAUACGUGACCUUAUCAGACGCAGGCGCAGCGGACGCACACAGGGCGACGCACAAUCUCUGCCCGGCAGCUCGGCCAAUCCUAGCAGACAGGGUAGUCUGCACGAACUAGCGCCGCCGCCAGGACCUUUAGUUCCCAAUACAGACAAACCACCCAAGAAGCCAAAGCAAAGUUUCGACAUUAUGAAGAAGCUCAAGAGCUUGGCGGAGCGCCAGAAGAAGCGUCUGAACAUCAAACGUAUUACGCUCAAGAAGGACGAGAAGAUUGUCCUGGGUGAGCAGCAGAAGAUCAUGAAGUUAAAGGCGUCCCCAAAGUCGACUCGCGGCGAGAUACCGCACUUUAUAGAGAAGCAGGACUCGGAUGAUGUCCUAGAGCUGGUAGAGUACGAUGAGUCACCCUGCCGUAAACGCAAUAAGCAGGAGGAACAGGAUGAGCUGCCUAGCACCAGUGCAGCCAGCGUGCCACAGCCAGACGAGAUCAUCGAGCUACCCGUCGAGCAAAUCAAGACUGAAGCGCCCGCUGUGGAAAUCACUGAGCCAGCUCCAGAGUCUGCAGAGGAGCCUAUUGAGGUGAAGACGCCGCCCAAGAAAACGCCACGUCUGCGUCGUGAACAUGUUUACGAGGAGAUUGGACAGGCUGAGCCACAGCUGCCGUUGGAACAAUCCAUCGUAGAGCUAGACUCGCUCAAGAAAUCGUUAACGCGUCAAGAUCAUCUGGCCGCCGAUGACGUCGAAGCAGCCAAGCCUGUGCCACUGGAUCGCAUGGGCAGCAGCGAGGAGGAUCAGGUGGCCGUUGCUGCUGCCGACAAAUCUGGAGCUCUCUUGGCUCCAAUCUCAUCCAUAGACUCCACUUCAUCGGAUGAGGAUCGUGCACGUCUGGCCCAGCUCUCCCCCGUGGCCGAGGAAAGCGACGAGCCCGCGGAGGUCAGCGAAUUGCGGCCGGUACUGAAGAAGGAAGCCUCGCCGGCACCCUCCGACAAGAAGGUGACCUUCUCUCACGUCGAAGAUGAGGCCGAACCGCACCGUGAGGACAUUGAGCUACCCGAAGAUGUGCUGGAAGCGGUCACAAGUGCGGCCAAAUCAAAGAGCGAUAGUGAUCAUGAAUACGAGCCCGUGGGCAUGUCGCCGGCGCGCGAAAUCGCAUAUUCGCAGGCAGCAGCGCCGUCGGCCGCCCAAAACGGCAGCAGCCUCCAGCUACCCAUGGACAUUGACAUUGAGCAGAGCUCAGCUGGGACAACGCCACGCACCGAAUCUCGCACGGACUAUGAAAUACACACCAGCCAGGUGGAUUCGAGCGCCCUUGAGGAGCUGCCACUACAACCGGAGAAUCGCAAAAAGAGUUUCAUGGCCUCCGCCCAAGAUCGCACGCGCAAGAUGCAGGAUGGUCUACGGAAUCAGGCCGGCAAGCUGCGCACAAAGUUGCGCACGCAGCCCAAGCCGAAACCCGUUUCGGGCAGCCCCAAGGCUAAGGCCAAGGAGCGCAGACGCUUUGCGCCCGAAUUCUCGAAAAUCAAGAUGCCCGAAAUAAAGCGGCCCGACAUGUCCAAGCUGAAGGACCUUAAGCGACCGGAAUUUACCAAGUUUAACAAGCCCGACAUGUCCAAGUUUAAGUUGCCAGAGAAAUUCUCCACGCUUAAGCUGCGACGCAGCAAGAGCUUUAAGGAAAACGAGUCCGAGCUGCCCACAGAGUCCACGGAGUCGCCGGCCACAACGGCUGAUGUGCCGCCCGCGCCAGCAAAGAAAAAGUUCGAGUUCAACUUCGGCACCUAUCCGCGAGCUUUUCGCAAGAAGAAGCCAGUCGAGGAGCCGGUACCGCCCAUGGAGUCCUCGCUGGGCACAGAGCGUCUCAGUCUUAGUGUGAUACCCAGCACUGAGACGCAGCCCUCUCAAACAUCCACCAGCUCACCGCAGGGUGACCGUGGACCGGGUCCAGUGCGUUCCCGCUGGGCGGACAAGUUCUCCGAUGUGAGCUACAAUGAUAGCGAAGGCUCGCGCUACAGGCGUUACGGCAGCGAGCUGGAGAGCUUCGAUAGGGAAUCCUCGCUAGAACGACGCAUGAAGGAGGAUUUGGAGGAGGACACGGCCAGCGAGGCGCAGCCACAAACUCAGAUGGGCAUCUUGAGUGGCGUUGCGGAUAGCAAACAGUUUGCCGAAUUUGAUGAGGAAAAUCGUGCCAUACACGAGAUCUCCAGCCAGCGAACCAGGGAGUUCAAGCGCCGACCCAUGGUGCACCAGGACUCAGACCUACGCUCCGAGGACAGUCACGAUGCAGAGGGCUGGACGGAGAAGGACAUACAGAAGAAUAAGCUCUUGCGCAAGGCCGAACUGGACGCCGAGGCCAGCUACUACAAAUACCACGAGAUGCAGGAUGCCCAUUCUACAGCCAGCUCCGGCAAGAAGGUCGUCAUGGAGCAGAUCGAUGAUGACGAGUUCUUUUUGCGCAAACGUGGCAUCUCCGAGGACAACAUCCAAUUGCGUCAAUACAUAAGCGAUGCCAUUCGCGAGGGCUACGAACUGCCCAACGCCCUAAGGCACGUUGGCCAGCCGGCCAAACCGGAUAGCGAGCAGACCGAGCAGUACGGCGAUUACGAUGUGCCGCCGCCCAAGCCGCGCCGCCUGCACCGCAACUAUCGUCCAGACAUUGAGGAUUCACAGGAGUUCCAGCGCAGCGACUAUGGCGAUGAUUUGUCCAUGUCGCAGAAUGGCAGCGACUUUUUGCCCAAACGACCGCUGCGCAAGGGGCGCAGUCGCAGCAAAUACUCCAUGGAGGGCAGCCAGGAAAUACCCUUGGCCGAUGGCGGCAGCAGCAUACAGUACUUUGACGACGACGAGGAUUAUCUCAGACCGCCCAUGCACGAGCAGGCAACCGAGUCGGAGCAGGCACUAAACAAUCUCAACUAUGGUGGCGACGUUGUCGUGACAGCACCCAAGCUGCCAGCUCAACAGAGCCGACCACAAGCGCCCAGACGCCAAAAGAAACGCACACGCGACGAUGCUUCCGUUGAAAAGGACGCAGAUUCGUUUAUCAAUGGCUUUGGUGGUAGAUCAGUAUCGAACACCUUUUUGCAGCCACAGGAAGAUGUAAUUGUUUAUCGCACUGAGCACGAAUAUCAUCAUCAUAUACCGCUAGCCACGCCCGACACCUUUACGGACGGCACCUCGGCGCGCACUCAGCGCUCCGAGGAUGAGCGCACCUCACGCGGCGCCGAAUCGCUGAUUCUCGAUGUGCACGCCAAACCGGAGCUGCAGAGCAAAGUGUCUGCGCCAAGAACUGAGGGCGAGGAGAAGUUUGUCAUCGAUAUGCUGGAGAGCGAUGGCUAUGCCGUGGUGCGCAAGGAGCCGGUGCCAAAGCCGACGCCACCCGCGCGCCGCAAGAAGUUCACGCGCUCGCCGGGCGAACGUUUUGCCACGUUGCCCAGCAUACGCGGCUCGCGUGGCUCUCCGCCGCCGGCACGCCCACCGCCGCCGCAGGAGUACACGCCCAGCGAGGACUCGCCACUGCCGCCGCGUCGCAGAUCGGCCGCCAGUCUGGAGGAGAUGUCCACUGGCCUGCUGCUCAAGUCAAACUACGCGACACUGCCGUCCGCACAGACGGAUCGGGAGCAGCCGCCGCAACUGGAGGAGGAGGAUGAUUAUGAGGAGCCGGGAGCACUGCAGCGGCCAGAAUCGCCGCGCAACAAUCUGCAGUCCGGCGAGGUCAUCAACAAAAUGAAGUUCCGACCGCUGCCACCGCCGCCACGUCCACCGCGCGAAAAGCGUUCGACACGUGGCGGCAGCGCCUUGGAUAGCUACGAGGACAGCGAGCGCGUGGCUAGCUCCUCCACGGCAGACAGUUGCGAGCAGGGCGAGUUCGAAGUGGAAGUAUCCACACAAACGGAUCCACUACCAGAUGACUUUGUGUGCGAGGAGUUUGAGAUAACCGAGGACAUGAAGGUCAUAGAGCCUCGUCGCUCCACAGGCGGCAAGACGACGCUGGAGGAUCUGCUGCGCAGCACGCAGGCCCAGGAACCAGAUGAGGUGGACAGCUCACGUGUGCUCAGCGUGGAUGAGCAGCUAGCCAAGGGACUGCAACGUUUUCGCGAUGCUAAUCAACGCAGCCUGUCGGAACGCUCACGUGCAUCCUCUCAAGCGGACCGCUCCAAGUCGCUGAGUCGCCCGCAGACUCCGUCCUCAGCGGUAAUCUUAGAGCGACGCGUACCCACACCAAGUAUCGAGGGAGAUGCCACGGUGCAAGCGGCGCUAAUUGUUCGUCCCAUAAGCGCCGCCGAUCUGGAGGAUGAGGAACUGCGCCGCGAGGAGGAGGAGCUGAGGCGUGAGGGCCUGCUCUCCGAUAGCUCAGUGCAAAGCAAGUCCGAUGUGGAAACGGCCGGUGAGGAGGAGGAGCAUGGCGAGGUUGCUCUCAGCGAUUACGCAGCCAGUUCGGCGGAUUUGGAUGCAGCCGUGGAGCAACUGCAGCAGGCGCAGCUGGAGAGUGACUACGACAGCAAGCUGGAGGAUGAUGAAGUCGAGCGUACGCUCCGAGAUAGCGAGUACGACGAAGAGGAUGAGAACGCUGGCGAGAAGUACUCGGACCACUACGACGAGGAAGAAGGCUCGCAAGGUAAACAAGAAUCUACAGAGCAGGAGGUGGAUGAAGAGCUGGAGAAAGAGCUGCAAGAGGAAAUGGAAAAAAUGCUGGCAGAGUAUCGCCAAGCUGAAAUUGCGGAAUCGAGAGCAAAGGCGCUCGCAGAAGAGCUGCCAACAUCCGAAGAAGACCACGUACUUUCCGAAGAGGACAUAUUGUCUGAUACGGAGCAGGUGCUAUCCGAAGUGGAGCAAGUACUAUCCGAAGCGCAGCACGCACUAUCCGAAUUGGAACCUGCACUAUCCAAAGUGGAGCACGCCUUAUCCGAAGGGAAACCGCCGCAUACCGAAAAAACCGCAGUGGAAGAGGUGCCCAUCAGGAGGGCCGUUGCGCACGAACCCACAGAGGCCGAAGUUGAUGCCAAAUUCGUAGCCACUUUACCCACCGAGCCUGCUACCGACCACAGCCAAGAGUUGCUGGCGUCAGAGGAAGAACCAGAGGCGACACCCUUGCCGCCACCACGUCGUAAGUCCACCACACAGCUAGAACCGGCUUCCAGCGAAACAUUGACCAUCGCAGAGCAGAUCAUACCUGAGCUGACACCCGUUCGGUCGCUGCAAUCCCCACCAGAAGCGCAGCUGCCGACCCACUUGCCGGAAUUGGAGGUGGACCGCCUGCGGGUGCACGCACUCCAGGCUGGGCAGAUUCAAGUCUCGCAGCUACAUGGCACUCAAGUCAGCGCCGAUGAGCUGGCCUGCAAAUCGGGUCAACUGGUGGUGCAGAACAUAAAUCUGCCACCAGGCUUCAUUGAUGACAUUGUGGAGCGCGUCAAGGAGCAGCGCCCAUCGCUGCUGACCAGUGAGACGCAGACGAGCCGUCAGCCCAGCAGUGAACCCACCGCUAGCGAUGUGGAGCCACCCACCAAACCACCACGCCAUGGCAAAGCCGCUGAGUCAACGACUGCAGCAAACCAGAGCAAUCUCGACGAGCAAACGCAGACAGAAGCCGCCAUGCUGCCAUUGCCGCCACCACCAGCUGUGUAUCCCAGCGUAGAGUAUUUGCAAUCCCUGGCUCCUUUGGCCUUUUACAAUUUGCAACGCAGUGCCGAAGCUGAACAGGCGGAAACUGCGUCUGCAAGUGCGGAGCGCAAGGCGCCGCAUAAAUGCCGACGUCGCCAUGUGCAGCAAGAGCAGCAUCAGCAGGAGCAUGACUCCGACUCAGAGCUUGAUGAGCAGCUGGUGGAACGGCCACGUUCACGAACCCGUCGUUCGCGCACCCGCAGCGCCACACAGCCGCUAGAGGAUUAUGACGAAGAUCAGCCCAAGACAGUCGUGCAGGCGGGUCGACAGUUUCUCUCCGUUUGCAGUCUGGAGCUGGUCAACAUUAUCAAUCAGCUGACCCACUUUGUGCGCGGCGAUGCGGCAGUGGAACCGGCACAACAGCCCAGAAAUAUAUCUGCGCUCAUGGUGCUUUUUAUAUUGAUAACUUUUGGUGUGCUCGUCUUUCUGCUGACGGGCCGCCAGGUGCACACACAUCACUGGGACUACUUCAAUCCGCCUGGCAACGAAGGCAGGCAAACGUGAAAAGAGCUCCCCAAACUUUGGACUUUUGUUGCUUGGCAUUUGUAUGCCAAAUGAUACUUGGGCAAUUUUGCAUUUUGGAGCAUGAAACGAAUUUAGAAAGCGGCCAAAAGCGACCGCUCGAAACCAAAGGCCUUAACCUUAAUGAUAUAUUCUACAUACUAACACAAAAUACUUUAGGAAGAAAGCAAAGUGGGCGAGAGGCGUUGCCUGUGCUACUACUAGUCGCAGUUUAACAACUAAUCAAUCGAACAACAACAGUCAAUCAAUCCCAGUUCAGACAUCAUCAAACAGUGCGACAACAUACCGACUUAUAUAGAACAUACACAUAUAUCUCAUACUAAUCGAACAAUUCAACAAAAAUAUCAUGUUUUUUUUACAAUACUACCAACAACAGCAACAAUAACAACGAUCAUGUAUUAAAUAUGUACUUAAACUAAGUGAAGAAUCAUAGCUACCUGAUAUGGUGAGCGGUCCAAGACGGGCUCAAGUUUGUUGGCGGACACACAGUCUACUUAUUUAUGCUAAUAUUACAAUUUUGUUCGCUCAUUUUUCUAUUUUUGCAACACAAAGUGAAGAAAUUCAAUUGUUCAAUGCUUAAAAAAUCGAUUGUUGGUUUUUUAUUUAAACCUGAUUUUAGGUAAAAUAUAUAAAAGAUGAAUCGUUUAACUUGUCAUGAAUUCAUAAAAGCACGUUUUCUUUGAUUUAGAAGUAAUAAUUUUGAACCGCGAGUACUUAGCAACAGUGUGAACUUAUGUAAGUACAUUAUAUAUACUUAUAGACGCGUAUUUUCAAUAAAGCAAGAAACUAUUUAAA